AUGAGUGCAGCAGGGACAAGUAUUAUUGCCAUCGUUUUGCCACCUGUUCAAAUAAUCGCGGUUCCUUCACUUGCACUUUCUGACCUUCAACAAGGUUUUAUCGCGGAUGGCUUUGAGUGCAACUUAAAUUAUGCAGGUUGGUGAUCUUGUGUAAGCUUGGUUUAGCCAUAUGGACGAGCUCAGUCUCGAUCUUCUUCCCAACAACGGCUGGAUAAUUGGUCCUAAUGGUCCAUACCGGUAAUACAUGACUCACAUUCGCUCUUUAUGCAAGUUAGACUCUGAAUCACCGUUUUAAUUUUUAGGCACUAUUGACAAAAAAAUGUAGCUUGUAAAGAUAUAGAAUCAGCAUUUCAAUGUUAAAAUGUUUAGAAAGUAAAUUUAACUUAAUAACAAGGAUCUUUACUCAGAUUUUGUCUCGUGAAAACAAACAAGAAAAAUAUGAUAUUGGUAUGUAUUUGUGGAACAGAACUAAAAUCUUGCAAGUGAGCUUAAUGAGUAUAUUCACUUUCUAAAAAAAAGCGAAUAAUAAAAAUAAAAAUAGGCAACAUCAUAUGUCAGAUAUCAAAUGAAUGGCAGUUUCAUUUGAUAUUCAGACACUGAGAAAUGGGUAGGAAUACUUUAGGACAUGGACAUACUUGUAUAGAAUUUUAAUGUAAAAAUUAUCUAAAUUUUUUCUUGCAAGCCUUACAUUUCCAGAUUAUAGUUUUCUUACAUCUCAAUAGGACAUAAGUCAAGUCUCCUUGUAACUCCAACAUCAGUACUGUCUUAGUCCUUUUUUUUUUUUUUAUCUCGUAGGAGGAUUGACAGACUCCGCUAUUGUGGGAAAUGAUGUUAACUACUUAACUCAUUUAAGCUCCGGGCUCAAACCAGUUGCUCGGAGCAAAUCUUCACGAUGGAAACGCUGUUGGCGGGCGUCCGUAGACGGCUGGGCUGCCAGUACUUUUCACAGCGGAUGUGACAACAAAGGACCAACUAUAACAAUCAUAAGAGUCGGCGGGAAAUACAUAUUUGGAGGCUGCACAAGCCUCUCAUGGGGUAAGUGGUUUGGUUUUUCUAAAACUGGACAUAUUAACAUGUAAAAUUGUCCAAGGAAGUAUUUGAAGUAGAAAAUGUUAUUACCACGAAGAGGACUAAAACGCGCUGUUUCAAACUUUAUUGCCUUUGUUCCAUUUCGGUCAAUUCACCAAAUGGAGGUGAAUUAUUCUGGGUUAAAUUCGAAAAGUCUCUACCAAAUAUUAGAAAAAGAAAAUCGUUGUCUUUUGUUCACGUACCCCAUAAAACUAAAAUUACAUCAUAUUCGUGCUGCGAAUUCGCCGAUAAUUAAAUUCUGUGCUGACGUAUUUUCUUUUCAGAGUUGUUCCUCGCUAAAGUGUUUUUCAGUCAAAGUAUUCGGCACUAUUGUCUCAAGUGCCGUUGUAGUAUAAAAAAAUAAUAAUAAUAAUGACUAGAACGCGAGUGUGAAUUGAUCAAGGCUUAAGUUCCUAAGGCUUCCCUUUUCGGCUCUUAAAACUAAAAUGAAAACUGUAUGUAAAAAGUGCAAGUUAGAUGGGGAAAAAUUACCACUUCUAAUCAAGUCUUUUCUUGUUAUAGUUCACACAAAAAAAAUAAACUGAGAGAACAUUUUGAUCAAAGCUACGUAUACUGAUAUCAACCUGAAUAAUAGCAUGGAAUCUUGCGUUUUCCGUUUCUAUCUCACCUAUUGUAUGAAGCACACUUAAUUCUAUUUUACCGCACAGUCAGUCCAGUCGAUGCCCAAGCACUACCACGAUUUUAAACGUCCUUUUUUUUUCUCACUAUUUUAUGUUUUAAAUGCUGUAGCCAAUUAUUUAUAGGUGAUUAAUGUAAAUUGAUUUCACUUUAUUGUAGUUGUAUAUUGUAAGUAACAAAUGUUAUUUAUAUUUUUCAUUUUAGUUCUACAUCGUAAUCAUUUUUACACGGCCCCACAAGAAUUGAGCUUUAAGCCUUUAGUGUUGAUUAGCAGAAAUAAGAAGAAAUGAUAAUGAUAAUGAUGAUGUUGAUGAUGGUGAUAAUGAUUAUGGCUUAUGAAUGAAAAUCAUCAGAUAUGAAUAGGUGUAUCUAAAAAAGCUACACAAAGACCGAGGAUUCGAUUAACUAUGUGCAACAAAAUACAUAACGGGGCCUUCUCUUGUGUCAACUUUUACAAGACAGUGUUUAUCUCUUUUUUCACGCAUUCAAGUUUCUCUUGCACAAUUAUUUCGUGUACUUUGUCGCCAAAAAGGAACACCGUACCUUAGCGUAUAUAAGCUAGCUGGACCACGACCAAGGCGGCAGGGGAAGUUCGGAAGUUAAUUUGCAAGUACAGUGGAACCUCGGCAUAACGAAGGACUAACUCGGAGACCGGCAAAAUUUGUUGGCUGUAUAACGAGGUUUCGUUUUAUCGAGAUUCUUUUCUAUAUAUUUUACAAUAACUGCCGGGAAAAGAAAAUCGCUAGAAAUACGUCAUAUAGAGGUUCGUUACUUCGAGGUUCAGCUCGCCUGUAGUAAACAACAACUAAACAAUUCAAGCCUUUAUAUCGGGGUGCCGACAACUUGAUAUCGAAUCUGCAAGUUAUCGCCCUGUUUAAUUUUUUUUCUUUUUUUUUGCGUUUAGCUUUUCAAAUAAGUACCAGUUUCUUCCUUCCAAAAGUAAAUUCUUAAGUAAGAAUAAACUUGGUUUUGAAAACACACUUUUCAUGAGACUGAAAUCUUUGCUACUUAAAAGAGAGUUAAUUAUUAGUAGUAUCAGAUAUUUUAUUUCUUGUCUGUAAGAAUUCGAAUUGUUGAACGAAGUCUGUACAUCGGAUUAUCCUUUUCUUUUUAUUAUUUCUCCAGGAGGUUACAGCGGCCACUAUCGAACUGAUUCCCAGGCAUUCCUUUUCUCGCUGGUUAACAAGCCAGGAUGGGCACCUGUGAAACUGCCUCAGACCAUGGGGCGGUAUAGUUCUUACGGACAUUCCAUAUACGAGUGCUCGUCUUGUGGACCUACUUUCGGUGGAGGCCAUGACAUUUACAUUGCCAACUAUGCGUCAUCUAACAGCAAUUCAGCCGCUUACCUUGGUUAUGCUUAUAGCCCACCAAGUGGGUACAACUAUGGAGGCACUUUCACCUACACAUUUCUGGCAGGAGGGAGUAGUUAUAAUUUUACACCAGACGAAGUAGAAACAUUUUACGAAACAACCUAA